AUGAAUAUUGAAACGUAUAUUUCACCACCCGAAGCACCUGUAUUCUAUCCAACAUGUGAUGAAUUUAUUGAUCCACUUGAAUAUGUUGAAAAAAUUCGUCCGAUUGCAUCGCGAGCUGGGCUUUGUAAAAUAAUUCCACCAAAGGAAUGGCAACCACCAUUUUGUAUUAAUGUUGAUGAAUUUCGUUUUACACCACGUAUACAACGUAUUAAUGAACUUGAAGCUGGUACACGAGCAAAAAUAAAAUUUUAUGAACGUUUAACAAAAUUAUUUGAGUCUCAAGGAGUUAAAUUAAAAAUUCCGACAGUUGAAAAAGAAAGUUUAGAUUUGGCAAAAUUACAUAAGAUUGUUAAAGAAGAAGGUGGGUAUGAUAUGUGUUGUUCACAAAAAAAAUGGGCGAAUGUUGCACGUAAAAUGAAUUUUCAUGAUACACAAACAAGUCGUGUUCUGAAACAACAUUAUGAAAAAUUAUUAUUAUCUUAUGACGUUUAUGAAACAGGUAUUUAUGAAGAACAUACAGAUUUAUCAAAUCAAAUUGAUUUAAAAAAAGGAAAUAAUUCAAAAACAGUUGAAUCAAAUGGAACAAUGAAAAAUGGAAAUAAACGAAAAGAUAUUUCACCACCAUCAAUUACAAAUAAUGUUGAUCCGUUUGCUAAUUUUGUAUGUAAAUCUUGUACGCGUGGUGAUGAUGAUAGUUAUUUAUUAAUUUGUGACAUAUGUGAUAAUUGCUAUCAUACAUAUUGUCUUAUCCCAGCUUUAAUUGAAAUUCCUCGUGGUCAAUGGCGAUGCCCUAAAUGUGUUGCACAAUUAUAUCAUACAGCAACACCAACGGAUGCUUACGGAUUUGAGCAAUCAGGAAAAGAAUAUACAUUAGGAGAAUUCGGUGAAAUGGCUGAUGAAUUUAAACGAAAUUAUUUCAAAAAGCCAUUAUCAGAAAUAUCAUGUGAUGAUGUUGAACAAGAAUUUUGGCGUAUACUUUCAUUACCGGAUGCAUCCGUUAAAGUUGAAUAUGGAGCAGAUUUACAAACAAGUGAAUUAGGUAGUGGAUUUCCUACAACAAAAAUAAAAGAUUUAACUGAAAAUGAUAAAAAAUAUCUCGAUUCUCCAUGGAAUCUCAAUAAUUUUGCUUGUCAUUAUAAAUCUGUUUUACGAUAUAUUAAUGCUGAUAUAUCUGGCAUGAAAGUUCCUUGGGCUUAUGUUGGUAUGUGUUUUUCUUGUUUUUGUUGGCAUGUUGAAGAUCACUGGUCAUAUUCAAUUAACUAUCUUCAUUGGGGAGAACCAAAAACUUGGUAUGGUGUACCAGGUUCUAGUGCCGAAAAAUUAGAAAAUUGUAUGAAAUCUUAUGCUCCGGAAUUAUUUUCUAAAACGCCUGAUCUUCUUCAUCAUCUUGUUACAACAAUGAAUCCAUCAAUAUUAAUUCAUGAUGGUGUACCAGUUGUUAAAACACAUCAACAUGCUGGAGAAUUUGUUAUAACAUUUCCUCGUGCUUAUCAUGCAGGUUUUAAUCAAGGUUUUAAUUUUGCUGAAGCAAAUAAUUUUUGUCCAGCUGAUUGGCUUCCGAUGGGUCGUUGUGCAAUAGAUCAUUAUAAAGAAGUGAAACGUUAUAGUGUAUUUUCACAUGAUGAAUUAAUAUGUAAACUUGCAUCAGAAUGUCAAUAUCUUGAUCCAGCUAUAGGUGAUGCAACAAAAUUUGAAUUUGACUAUAUUGUUAAGCAAGAAAAAAAUAGCCGAAAAUUAGCAUAUGAACAAGGAGUAACAGAUGCAGAUCGAGUUUGUUUUGAAUUAAUGCCUGAUGAUGAACGACAAUGUGAUGCUUGUAAAACAACAUGUUUCUUAUCGGCUAUAUCUUGUUUAUGUAAACCAAAUAUUCUUGUUUGUAUAAAUCAUGUUGAUCAAUUAUGUCCAUGUUCUCCGAAAAAAUAUUGCUUAUGGUAUCGUUAUACAAUUGAUGAAAUGUCAAAUAUGCUUGAUGCAUUACGUGAACGUCUUGAUCUUUGUCAAAAAUGGAAAGUACUUGUUAAUCGACUUAUUUCAAGUGAUCAUCAAACUCUUAUUGGUAUGAAAUAA